AGAUAGAAGAAGGUGGAGAGAUACAGGAGCGUCACAGAUCGAGGGGAGGGGAGAAAGAAGGAGACACUGCAGUGACAUAGCACAGGGAGACUCCCAGACACUGCAGUGGAAGCAAAGGAGCCGACUCUCUACAUAGAAAGAAACCUGUUCUCCAGAAAGCUCUAAAUUAUGGGAAGGCCAUUUCCCAUGCACUCCAUUCUUAUACAGAAGCAAGGCUAGACUCGAUCAAUCGCCGCAUAGUGGACGCUUCCCCCGAUACUUCCCCUGCAUCGCCGUAUCGCCUUUCUUCAAAUGACCGGAAGCCAAGUUUUAACAGAUGCUUCAUGUGUUUAACCCUUUGCGCAAGUCUGGCAGUGACACUUGUCUUUCUCCCGAUAAUCCUCAACAUUGGAAGCGUGUGGCUAUUCGAAGACCUCACCCAUCUACAGAUUCUACCACCUCAUCCCAUCCUGUUCCAGUCCUCCCAGUCCCAGAGGUGCGGGUGGAGCGGUCUUUCAGUGCUGGCCAUUUGGCAUGUGACAGUGAUGAGGAGGAAGCCAAAGAAGCAGAAACUUUAAGAGUUCCUUUAGCCAUAUGGAGAACACGGAGCGAAUCACAUCUGGACUCAGGAGGGCAAGAAGCACUAGGGCAGAAGGAGAAAUCUGCCAGUGGAUGGAGUCUGCCAUCCCCCAAAACACUAAGAAAGAAGAGAAGAGCAGCAAAGGUGACUGCAGCAAAGCAACAUCUUCUGUCCUUCUUCACAGGAUCCCUUAAGCCCCUGCCCUCUAGUGGGGAGACUGACAUUGGUUCACUUUGUGAGAUUGAUAAAGGACAGAGGCACAAAAAGAAAGAACAGAAGCACAAGAAAAGUCAUCUGUCCUUGUUCCGUCUCUGGACUUCUCACUCGUCUAAUAUAAUGCGCCCAAGCAUAGAUGACGUUACGAGUUGGGGAAAGUCUCUUGAAAAUUUGCUGUCUCAUACAUAUGGCCGGGCCCUUUUUCGUGUCUUCUUGCAAUCUGAAUUUAGUGAUGAGAACCUAGAUUUCUGGCUAGCCUGUGAAGAAUAUAAAGACACUCAUCCCAACUUUAUCCUCCACAGCCGGGCACGAAAAAUUUACCAGCUCUACAUUGCACUACAGUCCCCCAAAGAGGUGAAUCUGGAUGCCAGUACCAGAGAGAUGACUGAACACAACCUUCUUAUCCCAACACGCACGACUUUUGAUGAGGCUCAGCGCAGAAUCUAUGGUUUAAUGGAACGUGACUCCUACCCACGCUUCUUGCGCUCUGACCUUUACCAGAGUUUGCUUCACCCCCCCAAUGGGGCAUGCUAAAAUGGAAGAUAAACCUCAUGAACUGGUAUAGGAUAGAACACAGCUUGGUCCAAAUGUCUACCGGAACAGACUUUUUUUUUUUUUAAGCAGAACUUGGACCUUGUGUGAGCUGUGCUCAUAUGAAAAGAAAAACAAAACUGAAGCCAUUUUGAACAAAAAUGGGAUGCCCUUGUCUAAUUUGUUGGCAGUGUACAAUUUGUCAUGCAAAUGCUUCUAUGCAGUAAAAAGGGUUGGGAUUUUGAACACCAAUCUAUUUCCCUUAGGCUCCUGCAUUUGUAUAUUGAAGUAAAUGAUAACAGCUUUUUGGCUGAAACUUGCAGAUGCUGGAAGUUAUUUUGUUCUUAAGUGGAAUUAGUCACGUCUGGCAUUUGUUAUUCAUUAUUUGUAUAAAACAGUAAGCCAUUCUGAACACUAAUGGCUAUCUUCUUUGCCAAAAUCCAAGCCCCAAGGUAAGAUCCUAUAUGUUUUUUACUUGAAUAAUAACCUAUGAAUAACUUUAGGUUUGUUAAUCACCUUAAAUUAAAAAACAACUUUUCGAAGAAAAAUAUGCCCAAACCUCUAAGCUAGGGUUCUUUAUCUUAAGCAAUAUGUAGUGUCUCCUGUCAUUACUAAUUUUGCUCUGUGUGAUUGUUAGCCCCUGGCUCUCCUUUUGAAAAUUACCAACCAAAGAUGCCAAAGUUUGCCAUUUUCUCUCUAAGAAUACAUUAACUAUUUAGUGAAAUCAUAAACCUGCAGCCUCAUGAAACACAGAUGUACAAGCCUGUACAUACUAAAUGUUACCUGUUCCAGUUAAGGUAAUGAUGGCUACUACCACUUCAUUAUUGCUGGUAAGUAUUUUUGAAAAAAAAUUGCAACUGUGUGCAACAAAAUAAAUGAUAGCAGGAGAAACUAUGAAUUUAGUACCAUUAAACCUAAAUUGUUUUGGGAAUAUUUUUCUGUACUCUCAGUUAAUGCUACUAUAGGUUUGAUAUACAAUUUAAGCCAGCCAAUAACAACAUAUACAUGUAUCAGAUAAGCUCAUGCAAAUGUAAGCAUUAGACAUAUUUGCAAAUAUUGUUCUAAUUAUUUAUGUGAGCUACUUCUGUAAACUGAGCUGGUCUUGAGUUAUCUGCCAUGUUGCUUACACUAGCAAUUUCAAAUUUCCGUGUGUGAGGUUGGCAGUUUCAACACUAAAUUGUUUCAUUUGAACUAUCUGCUUUCUUGUUCAAUCAUGGAUAGAGAGUAAGUUGACCCACCUUUGCAUCAUUGACAUUUUUAUGCCAUUGUGAAAUUUGUAUCUUCAGUCUGACCUUAUUCAUUACAUAGUAACAGUCUGCAAGAACCUACACAAUUCUAAGCUCUUGUUCGGUGGAAUCUGGUCUCCAGUGAGCUUGGUUACCAUGUGAAUUCAGGAACAAGGACAAAGUAAAAACUCUUACUAGUUGUCCUUGUUUGGGGUUACCAUACAUUUUGAUUAAUCUAACCUUAGCUAUCUGUGGUUGAAACAGAAACUCUGGAAUAUUGGUCAUUUCUUUCCAAAGCACUUUUGACCGUUUUGGGCUCAUUGUGUUUCUCCAACCUAUCUCUUCUGUGUAUAACACUAUAUAACCUUUGAAGCCUUGCACCUUUUUUUUUUGCACUGUUAAUGCCUAUUGCGCCUUUUUUCACCAUUUUAAUGCCUCCAUACUAAUGCACUGAAGCCAUUUCCCUUACCCGACACCAUUACUCACAUUGCUGCCUCAGUUAAAAGUGGCCAACAUGUUUUUGAAAAAACGGCCAGUGCUGCUGUUAUUUAUGAAUGUGGUCCUUUUCUUUUGUACAACUGAAUAUCUGAUUGGUUCAUCCUUGUCUAUAGCUACUUUGUCUAAUGUUUUCAGCCAUUUUGAUUUGUCUUCCCUAGCAGGGAUAGAACUGUCCUGGGAUGAACUUAUUUGUUGACCUCUGCCCUGCUAGAGAAAAUAUCAUAGCAUCGCCAUUUGUUAGUCCAUUUUAAACCAGUAGAGUAUCAUUUAUCAUAUAUCUGUGGCUAUAUAUACAAAAUCAGGAAAAACAAGUUUAUUUUUUUUAAAUUUAUGUUUUUAGGCAUUAACCCAUAAUUAGUCUUAAGCACUGAAUUAAAUAUGCAGCAUUCACUCAGGAUCUGCUGCUGACUUUCUGUGUGCACUUGGGCAAAGUCCCCCUGCUCUGGUUUCUAUGUGUUGCUGUCAGUGUAUUCCCUCUGCAUAUGGCACAAUAAAGAUGGCAUUCUGGGGUCACUGUUUAUAAAAGUAAAACUAUUACUAUGACUAUGGUACGUUGUUGAUUGCAGUCUGCAGUCACUUUGUGUGUGAUUUAUAAAAUGUAUUAAUACAUGAUAAUAUUUGUGUAUUUCUGUAUAGGUUGGUGAUAUCCGAGCCAGUGUAAUUUUUUUUUAUGUAUUUGGCUCGGCUACAGUGACACCUUGUGGACAGUGUGUAUUGAAGAAACACUAACAAACUGUAACCCGUGCCUGUACGUUAAUGUUAAAAGUAUUUUAAAAACUUGUAUUUAUAAAUGUUUUUGUUUUUUUUUACUAUUAAAACAAACUUGUAAAUUUAACUGUUAUAAAUGUACAUCUUGCUAUUGCUUUAGUUAAAUAAAGUUAUGGGACUGUCUGUGCUGUUUUCAACAUAAGGCUUAGACUGGCCUUCUAGGGUAUCAGAGGAUCUCCUAGUGGGCCCCAGCCUAGUAUAAUUGCCAUUAGCCAAUUUUUAUUUCCACCAUGGGUUUAUAUAUAAACAUAUAUCAUCUACCCAUGGGCCUAUAUAAAAACAUAUAUUCACUAUUGUCAGAAUGGGCCCAGGGUGUCAGGUUCUCUGAUGGGCUUAGAAGACCCAGUCUGACACUGUUUAGCAUUUUGUAAGCACCCCAAAGUUAAGAAAGAGAUUGUGUAUCCUGCUAAAACAGCACAUACAGUUUUUUUUUGUCUUUGUUAGUUUUUUUUUCUAAUUAUGAAACUUUUAAUAUGUAUAAAUAAAUGCCAAAAUGUACUCUUAAAUAUAGCUGCAAAAUUGUAUUUUAGCAUUUACAAUCUUUUAGAAAAUAUGGGUAUAGUGAUGAUUGUCCUGUGGUCAAUGUAUGUGUCACACGAGGUAUACAGAUGGAGCAGACUUUACUGAAACAUCUACCACAUCCCGCCACAUUUUGUUUUUAUUUCUUUAGGUCAAUGGUGUGCUGGAUGCACCAGAUGCAUCAAUAAGGUCCGCUCCAUCUUUGUUUGGAGAUGCUCUACAUUGCUGUUGAUGCAUGUACAAGCUGUGUAAUAGAAUGUGAUAAUGUAACCAUAUCUUCUAAUGAAUAUGCAAGUCAACCAUUUAAGUGUAAUUAAAGGGAAGAUGUAUCACAUUUUCUUGUUCAGCUGUAGAACCUUUUCAGUUUUUCUUGUUAAAGGUGGCAAAAAGAUAGAUUGCAAGCUAUUUAUAGAUCUUUAACCUGUGAGCAAGUAGAUUGCAAAAAGAGAGGAUAGCUUGCAAACAACUUUAUUUGAUUACACUGUCCAAUUUUUUUCUUCAGUAAUUUUUAAUGAAUUGUAAGGAAAUAGUAACAUAAUUUACACAUAAUUUCAGCCCAUAACUUGAUUGUAUUAUCUUAAAUAUAUUGAAUAAGAAAGCCAUUUAGCUGUCCAGUCUGGAGAGGAGGGGUAGGAUUUGGGAACAGUGUAUAAAAGAUAGAAUGGGGGAACUCGAAAUACAAUGGAAAAAUUAAAAAUUGGAAAUAAUCCAAUGUGAAAAUGUGUUGUAAGACAACAAGUACUGUGGAGAGUAAAUAGUUAAAUAAAGUCAUCUGUAAUCAG